UGAUUGGCUAUGGAGGAUGCCUUGCUGGCCCGUGGCUAUGGAGGUGGUGGCGGCGGUUGAUGGUUGACUGUUGGCUCUCAGGUCAGGGUCGCCUCCGAGGAGACGCACAGGGCUGGGCAGCUGGACUCCCCCGGGGUGGCCACGGCCUCACUUCUCGCGGAGGAGAACCCAGCUCGAGUCCGCCAUGCCGGCGGGGCGCAGCGAACCGAACGGCGUCCUCAGCUACCAGAGACCAGAUGAAGAAGCAGUUGUGGACCAAGGAGGGACUAGUACAAUUCUCAAUAUUCAUUAUGAAAAAGAAGAGCUAGAAGGACAUAGAACUUUGUAUGUCGGAGUCCGGAUGCCUUUGGGACGGCAGAGCCAUCGGCAUCAUCGAACUCAUGGCCAGAAACACCGGAGACGAGGGCGGGGGAAAGUUGUCAGUCAGGGAGAAGAAGGGCAAGGAGCUCUUGCCCAUGACACACCUUCCCAGCGGGUUCAGUUCAUUCUUGGCACUGAGGAAGAUGAAGAACAUGUGCCACAUGAGCUGUUCACAGAACUGGAUGAGAUCUGUCUGAAGGAAGGAGAGGAUGCUGAGUGGAAGGAAACAGCUAGGUGGUUGAAGUUUGAAGAAGAUGUAGAAGAUGGAGGAGAACGUUGGAGCAAGCCUUACGUGGCCACUCUUUCAUUACAUAGUCUGUUUGAGCUGAGAAGCUGCCUCAUUAAUGGAACAGUCCUCCUGGACAUGAGAGCAAACAGUAUUGAAGAAAUUUCAGAUCUGAUCCUCGACCAGCAGGAAUUGUCCAGUGACCUAAAUGAGACUAUGCGAGUUAAAGUGCGGGAAGCUCUUCUCAAGAAGCAUCAUCAUCAGAAUGAGAAGAAAAGAAAUAAUCUUAUUCCCAUUGUGCGUUCUUUUGCUGAGGUUGGCAAAAAGCAAUCAGACCCAAAUUCUUUGGACAAAAAUGGUCAAACAGUGUCUCCUCAGUCUGUUCCUACUACAAAUCUUGAAGUUAAAAAUGGAGUAAAUUGUGAACAUAGUCCCGUGGAUUUAAGUAAGGUGGACCUUCAUUUUAUGAAGAAAAUACCUAUUGGGGCAGAAGCCUCCAAUGUCUUGGUUGGAGAAGUAGAUAUCCUGGACCAUCCGAUUGUGGCCUUUGUAAGGCUGUCACCUGCUGUUCUUCUCUCAGGCCUCACAGAAGUACCAAUACCCACAAGGUUCUUAUUUAUCUUGCUAGGACCAGUAGGAAAAGGUCAACAGUAUCAUGAGAUUGGCAGAUCCAUGGCUACCAUCAUGACAGAUGAGAUUUUUCAUGAUGUAGCUUAUAAGGCAAAGGAGCGAGAUGACCUCUUAGCUGGGAUUGAUGAGUUCCUGGACCAAGUGACUGUGUUACCUCCAGGUGAAUGGGACCCAUCGAUUAGAAUUGAACCACCAAAAAAUGUUCCUUCCCAGGAAAAAAGGAAGAUGCCUGGAGUUCCAAAUGGAAAUAUUUGCCAUGUUGAACCAGAGCAACAUGGUGGCCAUAGCGGUCCUGAACUUCAACGUACGGGCAGGCUUUUUGGGGGUUUGGUGCUGGAUAUAAAGCGGAAGGCCCCCUGGUACUGGAGUGACUAUCGUGAUGCUUUGAGUUUACAGUGUCUGGCCUCUUUUCUGUUCCUGUAUUGUGCCUGCAUGUCACCUGUGAUCACUUUUGGGGGAUUGCUUGGAGAAGCAACUGAGGGACGAAUAAGUGCAAUUGAAUCUUUAUUUGGAGCCUCGAUGACCGGAAUAGCCUAUUCUCUGUUUGCCGGACAGGCCCUCACCAUCCUGGGGAGCACGGGGCCGGUGCUUGUCUUUGAAAAGAUUCUGUUUAAGUUCUGCAAAGACUAUGCCCUCUCGUAUCUGUCCCUUCGAGCCUGCAUUGGACUAUGGACUGCUUUCCUAUGUAUUGUCCUUGUGGCAACGGAUGCCAGUUCUCUUGUCUGCUAUAUUACUCGCUUUACUGAAGAAGCAUUUGCCUCAUUGAUUUGUAUCAUUUUCAUCUAUGAAGCAAUAGAGAAGUUGAUUCACCUAGGGGAAACUUACCCCAUCCACAUGCACAGCCAACUGGACCACCUUAGCCUUUACUAUUGCAGGUGUACUAUCCCAAAGGACCCCAGCAAUCACACGCUGCAGUACUGGAAGGAGCGUAACAUUGUGGCAGCGGAAACUAGUUGGGCCAACCUGACUGUCAGUGAAUGUCAGGAGAUGCAUGGAGAAUUCACUGGCUCGGCUUGUGGUCACCAUGGACCUUACACACCUGAUGUACUCUUCUGGUCCUGCAUUCUUUUUUUCACGACCUUCAUCCUCUCCAGCACCUUGAAGACAUUUAAGACAAGCCAUUAUUUUCCAACCAAAGUACGCUCCAUGGUGAGUGACUUUGCGGUUUUCCUCACCAUCUUCACAAUGGUGAUUCUUGAUUUUUUAAUUGGCGUCCCAUCCCCAAAGCUACAAGUUCCAAGUGUGUUUAAGCCCACAAGAGAUGAUCGGGGAUGGAUUAUCAAUCCCAUUGGAACCAAUCCCUGGUGGACGGUGAUAGCUGCAAUCAUCCCAGCUCUCCUCUGCACCAUCUUAAUAUUCAUGGACCAGCAAAUCACAGCUGUUAUAAUUAAUAGGAAGGAGCAUAAGCUCAAGAAAGGAUGUGGAUACCACCUUGAUUUGCUGAUGGUGGCUGUGAUGCUGGGAGUUUGCUCCAUCAUGGGCUUGCCCUGGUUCGUGGCAGCCACCGUCCUCUCCAUUACUCACGUCAAUAGCCUCAAGCUGGAGUCAGAGUGCUCGGCUCCAGGGGAGCAGCCCAAGUUCCUGGGGAUCCGAGAGCAGAGAGUCACAGGGCUCAUGAUCUUUGUGCUGAUGGGCUGCUCAGUCUUCAUGACAGCUGUGUUAAAGUUCAUUCCAAUGCCAGUACUUUAUGGAGUCUUCCUCUACAUGGGAGUUUCUUCACUUAGAGGAAUCCAGUUUUUUGAUCGUUUGAAACUCUUUGGGAUGCCAGCAAAGCAUCAGCCUGACUUCAUCUACCUGCGCCAUGUCCCUCUGCGUAAAGUGCACCUCUUCACCCUCAUCCAGCUGACUUGUCUUGUCUUGCUGUGGGCUAUUAAGGCAUCCCCAGCUGCAAUCAUCUUUCCAAUGAUGGUUUUGGCGUUGGUUUUUGUCCGGAAAGUCAUGGAUCUCUGUUUCUCUAAACGAGAACUGAGCUGGCUAGAUGAUCUCAUGCCUGAAAGCAAGAAGAAGAAGCUAGAUGAUGCUAAGAAAAAGGCCAAGGAGGAAGAGGAGGAUGAGAAAAUGUUAGAAAUGGGGCCAGACAAAUUUCCCUUGGAAAGCAGGAAGUUACUGAGUAGUCCUGGAAAAAAUAACAAUUUCAGAUGUGACCCUUCUGAGAUUAAUAUUUCUGAUGAAAUGCCUAAAACUACUGUCUGGAAAGCUCUUAGCAUGAAUACAGGAAGUGCCAAGGAAAAGAGUCUUUUCAACUAAGAGUCUUUGCUGGGAUGGAAGAAAUGGCCUGGGAGGUAUCUCAGGGAAGUGCCAGGAAACAGAGAAGGGAGCAAGCUUCUUAGAAAUGAAGAGACUCAUCCUGGCCCGUCUUCAUUCAGAUAACUGGAUUCAUAUUAAAGCCACACAGAAGUGUUCAGCUAUUCUCAGUGCGCUUUAGAGGGCAUUCAGCCAUCUUCAUACCAGCAGCCAGUCUCCAAGAAUGAGCUUGGAAGGAAACAGAAGAAAGCCUCUUGGUGAUCUCUCUCCUAUUCCGUCGCCUCCCACACUGACCUCAGAGCAGUUGCUAUCACUUACCGUCAAACAUUCCAUUUUGGGACACUUCUGAAACUUUUUCCCUGCUGACCAGUAGAAUACCAUGAAUCUCCUCCUCCCUCCUGAAGAGCCCCAUCGGCCUUCCUCCAUGGGACCCUCUGAAAGCCCUUAAUGCAGCCUCUUCUGCCAUGCUGGACCACAGUGACAGGCAGAGUGAAGAUGCAGGGAAUGGGACAUUGGAUGAGUUUCCCUCUUUGGGCAGUCUUGGAGCAGUCUGGCUCUCUGGCUUAGGGGUCUUUUAAUAGCAUGGCAGGCUUGGGAUGGCUGCCUGUUGUGAUUCCACUAUGGUGGGCAAGAAAGCGGUAGAGUCCUAUCAUCAUAGCCACAUUGGCACACAUUGUUGAUAAUCUUGGAAAGUAAACACUUGUAAAGGGGAAUUGUGAUUCUUUAUAAAGAGGAGAAGGCUGAGGGGGAAGUUGAUAACUGUCUUCAUUAUUAUAAAGGAAGAUUGAUGAUGAGCAGUUUUUCUCAGUUUCCAUUGAGGACAGAAUGAGAGAGGGAUUAAUGUACAACAGCAGAGACAGGUUAAAAUCAGGACAUACUUUCUAGACAUAAGAUUUGAUAGUGUCUUUUUUUUUUUUUGGUAGAUUUAUAAGAGAAAAGUAAGUGGUUUAUCUUUUGAGAAAGCUCUUUGUAUACCUUAAAGCAUAAUCCUUCCCAUAGAAAGGGAGAGGUGAUCUCUUUAGGUUCCUUCAAGUUUGGGGAGUCUACAAAAAUAAUUUUACUACCAUGUUAGGGAAACUUCAGUGUCUUGCUACUCUCCAUUAAUUAUUGCUUCAUGUGAGCACAUUUUGCUGCCACUUCUGGAGAGAUUCAAUGUUUGUGUAAGUCACCCUAGCUGCCUUAGUAGUGAACAUCUGUAGGCAAUGGACAGAAAAUACUUUCAGUCACAUAGUUUAAGUAUCAUCUUGAAUUUCCACUAAUUUACCAAAAUUCAGGCUUUCAUAUCUUGGAUACAAAAGCAUAUUUGGAAACAAAAGCUGAGAGUGAUGAGAUGAAUUUUAAUAUUUAAUUUAAGAUCAAUAUUUAUGGUUAGUCUGCUUUCUCCUUUAUGUUCAAAAGCAACUUCAAUUGUUUUACUCUAAAGCUUUUGGAAUUGAUCGUCAAUUGCUCUCAAAAUGUAUUGGAGUAAAUGAAAAUCUCACCAAUGGUUUAGAGAAUUUGGUUGUAUUAUACAUAGGGUAUUCUAGAACUGACAGACUUUGCAUGGUGGGCGUGAACAAUGGAUGGGGAAUGGGCACAUUUAAUGGUACAGGAGAGGCCAAAGGAGGGAGCAGGCUCUCCCAGCCACCAUGGCUUUCUCAGGUGAAGCAGGUUGCUGCUUUCCCUCAUAACCCUUGGCUUUCCCUUUGGCUUCAUUCUCCUUUCCAUCAGCUUCUCCCUCUCUCCCUUACUCUCUCCUUUUCUUCUGCUACAUCUCCUUUCACUUUCUCCAAGGUCAAAAGGACAAUGCCCUUGACCAAAGCAUCUUCUUUAAAAUAAACAAAAGUGGGGAAAUGCCAACAAAAGCCUGGUUGAGAUAAUUCGGUCCAGUGAGCAGACACCUUACUUGAUAGUCAAGUGCAAGUAACUUCAACUCAUUCAGAAGCUAUUUGGAACAUCUGUCUUACACUAAUAUUCAUAGGCUAACUACUCCAAUGAGUGAUCUUUCCAAAAGAAGCUGAUCCAAGUUGACUCAGAGUCUAUCUUUAUACAGUGAAUGCUGAAGCAAUGCGCUUCACCUCCAACCCAAAAUUUAAAAAAAUAUUUGAAAGAAACUGCCAAAGGUAUUGCUUUAAAAUGUUAUGAGUUUGUUGUUCCUCUGUUGUUGAUGUGGUUUGAGAAUGCCAAGGUGGGGAUUGGUAAAAAUAUAGGAGGGGGGAAAAUUGGCCAACCUUUUUCUCUUUUAUUCUUUGAUCUCUUCUGCUCCCUUCACCUAUUGUCAGUUCCACAGGAUUGAAUGUAUCAGGAGAAAAGCCUUCCACAAAUGCAAAAAUCCCAUGUUGCUUAGAGAAAUGCCUCUCUUUUAAGGCAUAAAUAAUUUAUCUACUUUUGGACUCUUAAGUUCCUCAAGGCCAGGAAGCAUAUCUUUGCUUAACUUUGUCUAGUACAACUGCAAGACAUGGAGGUAAGUAUUUACUGAGCUAGAUCCUACACUUCCUUUCUUAUCCUCACCAUAUUAUGUUUCAGCCCUAGCUUCUUUCUAAUUCAGGUUGAUGGAAGUGGUGGUACAAGAUGAGUUCAUGAUUGGGAUGGACAGGGGAAAAGAAGGAAGAAGACAGGCAGGAAGAGGAAAAAGAUGUAUGGCAAAAAGAAUUAUCACCGCCAUUUACAAACCAACCAACCCAACAAAAAACCAACAUUAAGCACUUUAUAAUAGUCCAAAACUAAGCUAGAUUUUUUAAAAAAUAAGAUUUAGAAAACAUGACUUUUCUUCCUGUGUACAGGUCCCCUAAUUUCAGAUUACUCUAGAAAAAUAAAGACAAACAGAAACAGUAGCAUUUUUUGGACAGAUGCACAUAUAGACAAUAAAAGUGAACAUAUAUUAAGGGUAAUUACCUGUUUUGGAAGGGUAAAGAAGAACUUAGGGAAAUAGCUAAACAUUCCUCAAACAGUGGGACAAAGAAGCGAUUUUCUAAUUGCCUGGAAAAACUCUAGAAAGAAGAAAUUUCAGGCAUGAGUUGGAUAUGACAGAUUGGUGAUAGAAUGGUAAGAAAGGAGACCCAUCUACUCUUAAUAAAUUUUGAACUUCUUUAGAACCACAUCUUAAUUAUCUCUCCUCUAGUCUGAUAUAGUAGGUUUGCUGCACAUAGCAGGUGCUUAAUAUAAUGUUUAUUGUAAGAAUGAAUGAAUGAAUUAGUGAUUAAAGAAACUAGGACUAUUAAAUGUAUUGCCAGGAUCAGGGAAAACAUUUCUCACCUCUUUGACUGAGGCUCUGGGGAAGUGUUCAGGUAGGUGAUAAUUAUAUAUAUCUUAUAUUUGUAGCUGUAUAAUAUUAACCUCUCCCCCCCUCCAAUAACAUGUUUAUAUCAAGAGAAAAGGAUUUUCCUUUUUUCUCUUGUAUCUACCCCAUAUUGACUUAACUUGUUUCUAGAACUUUGUUUUUUGGGGGGUCUGUGAGAUAAAAAGUGAACAACAUACUCUACAAAAGAUAGUUUGAAUUCCCUUUCUCAAAUUACUCAGAGGGAUCUUAGAUCUUAGCAAAUUUGGAUAUUCUCUGCAACAUUGAUGAUUGAAAUCCACGCAUACCUAUCCAUCCAUAAAUUUGUCCCCAGAAGUUUACCCCGAAUGCAGUAGAACUUCCUUUAUUUCUUUUAAUGACCUUGAAACAAUUAUUGUCCUUCCAGGAUAUACCCAAGCAACAAGUUAUGUUCAUGUCUUGAUUGGAUCUUUGGUCUGAGGGAGCCUUCCAGGGUCCUUAGCUGGCCAGCUGAGAAAACUUCUUAGGGCUAACUCAUCUACUAUACCUUCAACUUUCCUAUUUCCCUUCCUUUUUCAUUCCCUUCUUCCUUCCUUUCCUCCUUCCAGGCAUUCAGGGUUAAGUAACUUGUUCAGGGUCACACAGCUAGAAGGUCCUUCUGAUCCCCACUGUCCCACCUAGCUGCCCCACUUUCAGCUUUUCCAAGCUUCUCAGUAGGGCAUCUGAAACUUUUUCUUGGACCUUCUCCAAUGCUUUACACAUCUCUUUUCUGUCAGCCUUUCAGUCCUUUGCUGAGACAGGAGGUUCCAGACUGGCUCUGAGAAGGGUUCUCACAUUCCUCCCUUUGGGAUUUAGUAACUUCUCCUGGGCUUUUCGAUGGUCAGCUAUCAUCAGCAGAUCAGAUUUAAGGUAGUCAGCAUCUCAAGAUUCCACCUUAGCCAAGUCUUGAGUAAUUUUCACCAAAGUCUUGGUUCUCUUCAGUUUUGCUUUGCUUUAAGUCUCUCAGAUCUCCUGUGCAGCAGCAGAGCAUGAGUUAGCAAUGCAGAAUGUUUACUCUUUUAGUUUUUCUAAGUUCAUUUUUUUUUUGAGUGGGAUGGACGGGGAAAGGGGAAGAUUUGGUAAUGUCAUUUCCUUUUUACCUUUCCUCAUUCUCUCAUGGUCAUUAUAGAUCCUUAAAUAAUUUCUAUGCCAGAAGAAGGGUGAGCCAGAAGGGCAGCGAACUUAACAAAAGAGAGGUAGUAUUUCUCAGUCCUACUUCGGGUCUAGAAUACCAGUAUAGAUGGUGUCAUCCAUCACCAUGGAGGGGAACAGAGAGAAGUUGCAUGUGAAGGGGGUUAGGGAAAGGAGCUGGAAAGGAAAGCUCAACGGCUUUCCGGCUCCUUUAGAAGUUAGUCAAAACAAAAAGCCUCAUGAUUUGAUGUGGUCUUAUGAAUUUGUCAAAUAUAAAAACAAAAACAUUCCAAAAUUAAAGAAUUUUUUAUUCUGCUUUUUAUGAUUCUGUGCCUUUACAGUAACAUACAAUUGACUCAUUACAUUUUUAGCUAGACAGGAAGGUGAAGGCCAAACAAGGUCUGAAGUAGUGACCUCAUUAGGAUUAAAAAGAAGUGAAGCCAUCUGGGGAGCUGUUCAGAAGUGGGGUGACCAACCCUUUUUAGGGAUGAUUAUUAAAAGGGAAUAAGUUUCUGGCCCUCCUAAAGAGAAUUGAAACAAUCCCCUGCCUCAUCCCCCUCCACUCCUAGUUCAGGAGGACAGAGCUUUUUGUAAUCAAUAGCAUUCACAUUUCCUCAGGAAAAAAAAAUGCCAUUUCAACAUGCCUGGGAAAUCAGUGGUAAAAACAUGGCUUGGGUCUCUCUGAACAGAUUUUUAGCUUAAGCCAACUCAUGGUUUCCUCACAUACGUGGUAACAUUGGAAACUGAAAUGCCAAACUGCAAUGAGCAAGAGUUUUUUUCUGGAAGACGAACUGAAAUUCCACCCCCCUCUUUCCUUCUGUAUUCAUCCCUCUGAGAUUGGGUUUCUUCUGUCUGUCUGAUAAAAUGUCUGUUCUUUCAUGCUAAUAUUUAAGUGAAGAUCAGAGCAAUCCUUCACUAAGGAAGGGAAAAAUAAAGGUGCUGGCACAUUUGGUUUUUUCCCCCGUUUUCUAUGUUCUUUCUAGUUGGCUCCAUGUAGAGAUAGAGAUAUUUUUGUUUUAAAGAUUCCAGAAUAUAUUUUUUGUUGUAUGAAAUGUAACCUCUCCACACUCAUAAGGUGUAAAUAAAAUGGAGAACUACUAUGUAA